CAAGUGCCGGCAUUGUGGGCCCUGUCGCUCGAUCUGAUUGGGGAUUGGGGCAGUUUAAACUUUGAUAUUUCACGUGACACUAGCGUGCUUCUCCUGCCCGUUUUCGACAGCCCAACGUUUUCUGCGCCUUUACUAAUUUUCCUUCAGUGCAACUCAUCGCCCUCACCACCUGUCUCAUGUUUCUCGCGCCGGGCCAUUUAAUCGUCUAUAGUUUAUUUAUCUCCCGGAUAUCUCGUUACUUGCAAGUGCUUCGUGCGGUGCUUGGAGACGUUUAAUAGAAGGGUUCGCUUACCACGCCACCUCACUCAUUCCUCUCUAACCGCACACAAAGUGAUCAAUCUCCUCUCCUAUUCAGUGCUGUUUUCUUUAUUCUACGAAAGGGAUAUUUCAAUAUAUUGUCGACAUGUCAGGUCUCGACGUUGAAGCCUUGCUCGAGUCUACGGCUGCUUCCGUCAACGAGUCGUCAGAUCGAGACCGUGAUGACCGCUCGAAAGCUGGCACAGGCGAGCGUCGCGACCGUGAUCGCUCCAAGGACCGAGAUCGCAAACGCAGAGACCGAAGUCGUGAUCGCCGUCGCGACCGGGACGACAAGGAUGAAGAAAUGAAGACUCCGAAAAGCGAGCAUGGCAGUGCUAACGGAAGCCAUAGAAGUAGAAGGAGAAGUCGCAGCCGCGACAGUGACCGACGUCGUCGUCGAGACCGUUAUGGUGAUGACUACCGCUCUGGUGGUGACUACUACCGGGGUGGAGGACGUGCUCGUUCAAGAUCACGCUCGCCUUAUGAUGACAGAUACUAUCGCCCAAGCGGCAAUUCUCGUCGGGAUGACCGUGAUGAUGAUAGACAUUCCCGACGUGACCGCGAUGGUGGAAGGAGUAGCCGGAAUGAAAAGCGUGGUACCCCAGCCCCAGAGGAAGAGCUAAAUGAAGAUGAACGUGAUAAGCGUACCGUCUUCGUCCAGCAACUCGCCGCUCGCUUGAGAACGAAGGAGCUUAUUGCGUUUUUUGAAAAGGUGGGACCCGUCAAAGAAGCUCAAAUUGUUAAAGAUCGUGUUAGUGGUAGAUCAAAAGGCGUGGGCUAUGUCGAAUUCAAAGACGAAUCAUCUGUUCAAUCUGCGAUUCAUCUCACUGGCCAGAAACUUUUAGGAAUCCCAAUCAUUGCCCAGUUAACCGAAGCGGAGAAGAAUCGACAAGCUCGUAACCCCGAAUCCACCGGCCAGCCCUCGGCCUCUGCGCCAUUUCAUAGGUUGUAUGUUGGUAAUAUUCAUUUCAGUAUUACUGAAAAUGAUCUCCAGAAUGUUUUCGAACCGUUUGGUGAGCUCGAGUUUGUUCAGCUACAGAAAGAUGAGACUGGACGUAGCCGAGGUUAUGGAUUUGUGCAAUUUCGCGAUCCGAAUCAGGCUAGAGAAGCUCUAGAAAAGAUGAACGGCUUUGACCUUGCUGGCAGACCUAUUCGUGUUGGCCUUGGCAACGAUAAGUUUACUCCCGAAUCAACAGCCAAUCUGUUGAACCGUUUCCAAGGUCAAGGCAACCAACAAUUCCAGGGCUCAGCUUUCUCAGGCCAGGGAGGCCGCGGUGUCCAGGCUGGCGGUGCCAGCAAUUUCGACCGUGCCGGCGGCAGAGAGAACGAGAAAGGCACAGGUGGAGCAAGUGCUCUGGAUGAUACAGAUGUUGCCGGUGUGAACUUCAACAAUUAUAGCAGAGAUGCAUUGAUGAGGAAACUUGCGAGAACAGAUGAACCUGAGCCUUCUGCAGAUGAAAAGAUCCAAAUGCUGCGACCCAAAACCGAGCCUAAGCCGCUACCCGUGAACGUCAACAUGGCAAGCCGGUGUGUCAUGCUACGAAACAUGUUUGACCCUACUGAGGAAGAGGGCGAUGCCUGGAUCAAAGAACUGGAAGACGAUGUCCGCGCUGAGUGCGAGGAAAAAUACGGUCGUGUUGUUCACAUUGCUUUAGACCCGAAUUCGCAAGGAGAUAUUUAUCUCAAAUUUGACCGUGUUCAAGGUGGCGAGAACGCUAUCAAAGGUCUGAACGGACGUUUCUUUGGCGGCAAACAGAUCAGCGCCCAGCCUGUCGUCGAUGCUGUCUACAGCAGUCUUUUCACCCGCACCAAAGCCAUCUAAUACUGGACACGAGCAUGUAGCGGUUUUUAUGGCGAGGUGUUUGGUAGGUUCCUAUUCUAACUUGUCGAUAGGGGAGCCUCAUCCACAGCUACAUGCUGUUUGUUCUCUCUCUAGUUGUCUUCAUUGGAAAUAGGCUGGAACGAUGCUACCCUCGGUAGGUGCUGCUCCAGACUUCAUCACUUCCAUGUGAUCAACUACGUUCUAGUAGCUACUCUUACUCUUCUAGGGGCGUUUCUCAUCGGUUAUGUGUCCUUAUUUGUAUAUCUGGUAACCUUAGUCUAAAUCUUAGUUAUCCGUAUUAAAGUCAUUUUGCUUAGCA